AUGUACGCCUUUGCUAUCCUAGCCAACCUCCUCCUCGCUUCGGUCGCUAUUGCCAUUCCUACCUCAGCCGAGCGUCGUGCCGCCCGCCAUGCCCGUCGUGUCCGCAACCACUUGUCUCACCCUGCGGUUCCACAAAGCUCACAAAGCUCCAAAUUCGACGUCGCUGCUGUCAACGUCACCCAGGAGACGUUCACUACUAACUGGGCUGGCGCCGUCUGGAGCGAGGGCCAGGGUACCUUCACGUCCGUGACUGGCACUUUCACUGUGCCCACCGCGUCGGGCUCAGGCUCCUCCUCAGCCUCAGCCUGGGUCGGCAUUGACGGUGCCUCGUGCGGCAACGCCAUCCUCCAGACCGGUGUUGACUUUAACGCCGAUGGCACGUAUGAUGGCGAGUCCUUUCGUGUUAAUUUGACUUGCCAAACAAGCGGGGCUUAUCCUGUUUUCUUAUCUUUAGCCUGGUACGAGUGGUACCCCGCUGGAGCUGUUGACUUCCAAAACUUCCCCAUCAACUCCGGAGAUGUCAUUACCGUCACCGUCACCGCGACAUCGACCACCUCUGGCACGGCUGUUAUUGAGAACACGACGCAGAACCAGCAGGUGACGCAGGACCUGACGUCGUCGUCGGCGCUCUGCGAGCAGGAUGCGGAGUGGAUUGUGGAAGACUUUGAGGAGAACGGUGGCCUGGUUCCCUUCGCCGAUUUCGGCACUGUAACGUUCUCCCAGGCGUCGGCCACCUCUAGCUCGGGGUCCGUCAGCCCCUCCGGCGCGACUGUGUACGAUAUCCAGCAGAAUGGCCAGCAGCUCACUCAGACGACGAUUGACGGCAGCGAUGUCACUAUCCAGUACCAAUAAAGGCCGGCUUCUUGAUGUCGCGAUGUGAUUAAUGAACUCUAAGGACUGCUGUGCAUUCGAUGUUGAAACUUGAUACCGGACCUUACUUCUGAUGUGCUAUUUUCUACACUUGAUGGUUGGCAGGUCUGGACUUUUAUUCUCGUGCUUUUUCUAUAGAGUUAUUACUCGGGUUACUGUUAAAUGAUGCAAUAACAAGUGUUCUGUUUUGGUCA